CACACACACUCACACACACGCACACACACACACUCACUCACACACACACACACACACACACACACUCACUCCCUCGCUCGCGCGCUCAUUGUGGACCGCAAACAGAGAGAACGGAUCACACACACCGGAGAACAGAAUGGUGGCUUUAUGUUGGUAUUUCAGCUCGUUUCUCCUCCUUGACUCGGUGGCCUUGACACUGAGCACAGAAAUGGGUCACGAUUCAGCCAUGGAAGUCUUCAGAGACAAUGUCAUCAUCCCACCCAGGCCAGGGGCAUCCAUACAUCAACACAGUCAUCACAGGAAGCACAGAGGUCACAAGGAGAGGAUGACAGCAGGUCAGCUCAGGGAGAGGCCCCGCAUUACUGUGUUUCACACUCAAAAUGAAGGGCCAGACCUGGAGGGCCUCAGUCCCGUCCGCUUAGAGAUGGAGCCAGAUAAAAGACGGAUAAUCGCUCCAAAAAAGAGAACCUCCGUGGGCUUCGGUUCUUCAAUUCAAGAGCAAAUGAAUAUUUCUCCUGGCGCUGAGACUCCAGAGAAGGCAAUGAGACGUCCCUCUGGUCGCAGGAUGUUUGGAGGGAACAUCGUUAGGACUCAUGAUGAAGAGUCUUUGGCAUUGGGGAAGAAACGGAGGGUUUCUUUUGAUCAAAGGCUCAAUAAAAACUCCUUUGGGAGUCCCACGGAGCCAGUGUUCCCUGCAGCCACCGCAGGCUCCUUCUUGUUGCCUGUAACUGCAGCAGUAGGUGGGGAGCCCGCCACUAAGCCAACCCCCUCCAGAAAACCACAGGUCAAAAGUUAUUCAGGUGGAGAUGUGACACCUACUUUCGACAUGGCAUUCUUUGACUGGACUGAUUAUGAAGAUAUGAGACCUCCACACAAAAAGCAAUUUUCUAAGAAGCGAGGUUCUGACAAACAGGCCACAAAAAGCCCCAGCACUGAACUUGCGACACUUGCAUCAGAUAAGAGCUGCAAACAUCACCUUGAUUGUCUGCAGGGGUCUUGCUGCAACCUCAGAACGCAUGUAUGUGAGCUUCACAACCGCGGCUUCAACAACAAGUGCUAUGAUAGCUGCAUGUGUGAGCAAGGGCUUCGGUGCUAUGCUAAAUUACACAGGCAUUACCGCAUCACACGCAAAAAGGGACAGUGUGUUGAUCCUGAGGGUAUAAGCUUAAACCGCGGCAUGUUCAUUAUGGUUUAAACGAGGAAGGAGAGUUUAUCAUGUUUUCCUUUACAAAUGCAUGUGAUUAUAUUUUCCACUGUGUUGGGACAUUUUAUAUUCAUCCUCGUCCAUGUUCAUGUAUAUUCUAUGAUUGCUUUUUUAAACGUAAUUGUUUAUGGAAUUUGUAAAACAGCAGAAUUUUGUCAAUGCAUUAGACUGAUUAUGAUAUUUGCAGGAGAACAUAUUCUCAAGUACAGCUGAUUCAAAUUAAUGAAAAUUAAUCUCUUGUGUUUAAGUGUGAUUAAGAUUGAGAGACGUGUCAUUGUGAAACAAACAAACAAAAUUCUUAAUUGAACGUUAUUGCAUGUAGACAUAAGUAAUUUGUAUUUUGUGUUCAUGUGGUUGAGUGUUGAGUUAUAGAUUAACUUUACUUGAGCAUGCAAAGACGUUUUAUUUAAUGUUGCAACUGCAACAUCUGCCAGGUCCCCAGCUUCCAAUCGGACGAGCAGCUUUGGAAAGAGCACACAAAGAAGGACACAGGGGAGAUCUCCAUCUUACAUUAUUAAAUCAUUAAAUCUUCCUUUCAGCUCAAAUCUGAAUUACUCUACAACUGCUUUGUGCUACACUAAAAUAAUGCUUUUCAUCUUGCUCACUGAGAGCCAUGCAAUUGUUAUUAUAUUAGAAAUAUUGUGCUUUGCUGAUUUGACACUGGCAGUAUGUUUUGUAGUAUUCAUCACCAUCUAAACCCCACAUAUUACAGCUGUAGAUGAAUACUUCAUUCUUUAUUUUAUCAAGUGUACAUGGGUUGCUUAUUAAAAACAUUACCCUUC